AUGGUGGUGGCGGCCCCCAAGCAGGCCCCCAGGGUGUACAGCCAGUCGGAGGUCCAGUCGAUGGCCUCAGAGGGGCGGUACGUUUACACCUGCAAUGGCCGCGUGUACGACGUCAAGGUCGAGGAAAUCAUGCACCCCGGCGGCCGCGACGUCCUUGAGUCAUACAAGGGCCAGGACAUCAGCGCUGCCUUCAAGGGGCAGUGCACCGUCGCGCACCUCCACUCGCGCGGCGCGCGCGCGCUGCUCGAGCGCUACUGCGUGGGCGUGCUGGAGGGCAGCGAGGAUGCAGCCGCGGCGGGCGGCAUGGCGCUGCCCGAUGCCGAUCUCGUGGAUGAAGGCAAGCCUCUGCUGCCACAGGUCGUCCACCUGGACCCAGACACCUACCUGGCCUGGGUGGACGCCCCCAGCACGGGCCACCCCGUCAUGUUUGACAACGCGUUCGUCGAGCGCAUGACCUGCACUCAGUGGUAUGUGGUCCCCUUGCUGUGGGUGCCGAUUGCGGCCGCGCUGCUGUGGCGCGGCUGGGCGCGGGGCGGCGUCCCCUUGGUGCACCUGCCCGCGCUGGUGGCCAUCGGCGUCCUGGUGUGGCAGCUGAUUGAGUACUCCAUCCACAGGUGGCUGUUCCACCUGAAGCCCACCACCCCUGAGGGCAUCAAGUGGCACUUCAUGCUGCACGGGCACCACCACAAGUACCCGAUGGACUUUGACCGCCUGGUGUUCCCCCCCGUCCCCGCGGGCCUGGUGAUGGCGCUCUUCUACAACCUCCUCUGCGCCAUCGUCCCCUGGGGCUACGCGUCGGCUCUGCUGGGCGGGGGCAUCCUGGGCUACGUUGUGUAUGACACCACCCACUGGGCGCUGCACUCCAACGCGUGGGACCCCUUUGUCACCCAGAUCCUGCGCACCAGCCACAUGGACCACCAUUACGUCAACGACAAGGUCGGUUACGGCAUCAGCUCCACCCUAUACGACAUCCUGUUCGGCACCCUCAGCCCCCAAGUCAGGAAGGUGGUGUGA